ACUCUGGUCAUUCCCUGCACACACUCAGGGUUCACACUGCCGGCAACUUUCCACAAGUUGGAGGACUGAUCUUCAGGUGGACUGGAAUCCUUGGAAACAUGUUCGCCUCAGCUGCUAUUGUCUUCACCUUGUGUUUCUGCUCUCUAAAUCCUGCUUUUGGACAGGUGAGUUUGUGAAGUGUCAUAGACUUAUCAAGGAGUUGAAGCUACUGUAGGUACCUUAGCAUAUAUACAUCAAUAAAAUUAAGACAGUCUAUUUUCCCAUUUGUUUAUUUCAUGCAAUAAGUAGAAAUUAUGAAAUCAAUUCAAUCAAUUCAACUGCUUUUUUAGGCUGCCACACGACAAAAAUGUUAAAUCUGGUUUAAGUGUCUCUGUUGUUUCCCUUUGCAAGAACGCCUGUUAAUGCAACUUGUUUUUUAUGCAUAUCAUUUGUUGUUAUUGUUGUCGUUUUGAGUGUUUUUGAGUAUUUCUCAGAGGUGGCCUGCAUAUUCACAUGUUGGUUAGACUGCAAGUGUAAAUGGAGCUUUGAGAUGCGUGUGUAUAGUUGGUUAAAAGUUGCCAUCCGGUGUUUCCGGGCUGCUUCACAUUAAAUCAAAUGGACAUUUAGUAAGAGUUGAAGUUACUUUAAGGGCAAGUUGAGUUCCAGAACUUUUUACACGCCUUCUAUACCUAACCAGUAAACAUGCAACCAUGUGGGGUGUAGCUUAGCACAGGUAGAAAGAGGCCUUUGACAGCAACACUAAAAACACCAGCCAACCCCUGAGUGACUGAAGUCUCUCCAGCUCCAGUUCAGGCCAAAUCAGAAAGGUGUUUUCAACAAAUAUUGACUCUUCUUACAUAACUCGGGCUGGCCGAAAACACUAAUUGGUUGUCUGAAAAACACACAUUUGAGGACAUGGCAGACAGAAUUAAGGUAGCUGUUGAAUGAAGGAGGGGGCUUGGACAGAAAACAAGCCUGUGCCCCUCCCUUGACACGCCAGCCAAUCAAAAGGAAGGACGUUAUGUUUAUGAAUGGGGUGUUUAAACCCUGCUCUGAACUCUACAUCCCUCACUUCAUUCAUACAAUGUAUCACUCAUAAUGCAUGCUAGUUAACUUUUGCAAAUAUCAGACCCUCUCUGAAAGUUACACAACUUUAUAUAACGACUUCAAUCUUUCAUGUGGCAUCGAGCCCAAAUACCACAUUACAAGACUGGUCAACUGGUUACUUUCAGAGGGUGUUUCUGUUUUUAUGACUGGGUUACAGUACGCAGCUUUGAGAGGAGCAGGCUCCUGCUUGCAAAGACUUAAAGUGGCCAAACAUAAUCUAAUCCUGAUGCAUGAAACAGCCCAGCCUCUGUGCUGCUCCAGCUGCAAAGAGACUUUUGUUUGUUUACUUGCAGAAGAGUGGGCCGGUGUUUCCAUGUUUUGGUUACAAAUGCGAUUCUGUUUCAUACUGUACUUUUGAUUCAUCCUUAUCUUUGCACAGCGGAGCACUACGGUAGACUGGCUCACUGAAAGAGAAAUCCCGGGUGUUCCCAAGUCUUUGAUAUCAGUGGAAUAGUUCAGCACCGACUGCUACAUACAAAAAUGUUUCAUUCAAUAAGGAAUAGACAGAAAAAUACUUUAAAGGCACUGUCAGGGGUUUUAAACUGGUUGGGGAGCAGACUGAAACUUGUACUACUGUGCUUUUAGACCUCCAAAAGAAAACAAGACUUUCAGCACAGGACAAAUAUUUUCUAUAUGACAUUAAAGGGACAUUCCGGUGUAAAAUCAAUUUAGGGUCAAACACACCAUAACACCGAGCUGGACACUCCGUGGAGAGAUGAGUGUUGUCGACCGCUUGCUUCUCUAGUUAUACCAACUUUAGUAGCGUCCACACGAUAGCAAUACAGCGGUCUAAGGAGCCAUGAACAAACCUCAACUAAAACAUCACUCUAUAGCCACGAAUAAUGCUCAGAACAGCACCUAACUUCAUCAACAGUACAUAUGGGGUCCCAGCCAUCAUACUAGCCAUCAAACAUCUUUUUAUUUAUGCCUAACACAACUUACCCACUCUCUUCCAGCAGCCGCUUGUUUGUAGAGAGACCUCAGGCCAGUCCAUUAGGGACUGCUGCGGGUUGACACAGCUCAAGGAAGAACAUUUAUGAUCAUUUCUUUAUCAUUUCCUUCAAGUAAUAAUCACUAUAUCAAUCAUUUUGCACUACAGACGUGAUAGUUCUUCUGCUUUAGCGUCUCGGUCUGAUUUUCCAUGAAGAAAUGAGCAUAAAUGUUCUCGGUGUAACGGUGUGUUUGACCCUAAAUUAAUUUUACGCCGGAAUAUCCCUUUAAAUGCACAAAACCACUGGGGCAGGUUUUUGAUCAUUGCAACCACUUUCCAUGGCAAUACUUUGAUGAUUUGGUGGUUUGUGGUCAAAAACGCUAUUUUCACAUGAACAGGGCAAGAGAUAAGAGAUAUCACUUUGUCCACAGGGGGCGCCAAAACAACACAAACCAGAAGUUCCUCACAGCGUUUUAAAGGAGGUCCAAAUGAUUGAGUAAACAUGUAAAUACACUUUCAGAUGAUAUUAGCAUAAUAUAAUAGGUGGAGAAAGCAAUGGAGGCGAGAAAAACUUAGUUGAGAGCACCUAGUGGAGACAUAAAGAAUUGCAAUUAGGGAAUUUAAGAGUUUGACAGAAAGGGAAGCUUUCAGAAAAGCUCUCGGUCUAAUCAAAUUAUGUGUAAAAUUCAUUGUUGACUUGAAAUUCAUCUUAUUCUGUUUUCUUUCAGGACUGUCCAAGCAGACAGGAGCUACAGGGGUCUCUGAAACAGGUCCAGAAACUUCUUUCAGCAUAUGAAGCCUCUAAUUUGCAGAGUCUACGCAACCUGAAGAAGAAGAUUAACCUGUUGCAGAGCACGGCAGGGAAGCAGACCACAAAAGCCAUCAACAGUUAGAAAAAACCCUCCAAAGAUUCAUUUUAAUGUUUGAUAUCUGUCUCGUCUUUGUGCAUCACCUUCUACUUCACCAACAGGUACCUGCCCAAAACUGGAGGCACCCUUCAAUGGAAGGAAACUUGGAAAGUCUCACAGUGUGGGCCAUGAGGUUCACUUUCUAUGUGACCCCGGCUAUGAACUUGUGGGAUCAGAGAGCAGAGUUUGUCAGGAGAGCCUGACCUGGAGUGGCCAGCAGUCUUCCUGCCGAGGUGGGUCACAGGCACCUUUCAGGCCUCACCCCUGUCUUUAUUAUCCUGACUGAUCCUGUUAUCUAACCUACUGAUCACACUCUACAGCCCUGUCAUCAUCUUCUUUGUUACCAUCCCUUCUCUCCUGCUCUCUAUUGCCAUUCCUCUCUUUGUGCUCCAUGCAUGUCACCAACAUUUUUCCGUGCAGAGAUAUACUUCAGAUGUGGCCCAAGAUCAUGUUUCUUCUUUAUGUACUUUGGUUGUUUUCCAGAGAGCUUACUGAAUGCCUUGACAUGUGAUAGUCUGAACUCCUCUGACAGCUCGCUGACUUCAAGAUAACAGCUCAAAAGCUGUUUGAUCAGGGAAAGUCCUUUUUACACUUGAGCUGUCCCCCACAUUAAAUCAUCAUGUCCUAAUAUCACCUCUAGAAGCAAUAUGCUGUAAUAUCAUGUUCACUUAUCUUUGAGCAUUAAAGGAGCUGCCAAAGAGAUUUUGUCCUGAGAAGUUCAUACAUUGCAGUAGAGUCUCAUUUGAUGUACAGUAUAUCCUUUUGUUUUGUCCCUCAGACAUCAAUGAUUGUGUGUGCUCCCCGUGCCUAAAUGGUGGGACAUGUGUGGAUGAAGCAAACAAGUUCUCUUGUAACUGUGCAAAAGGCUGGUCUGGAGCUACCUGUCAGACCCCUGUGCCAAGUAAGAGCAAACUUCUACACGCUCAGACCACACUCACACACAUACAUGUCAGAGGUGUAGCGGUACCUCCCUGUGUACAAGGCUAUAACCAAGGAUUUUGUUGCUUCAGUUGGAAGCACUCCUUUAUUUAGCUAAAGUCCAAAUCCUCCCAGUUCAAUUAAGGAAAUCCUUUUGGUCAGCACCAUUGCAACCCAGUGCAACACACUACUAAGUGUCCUCUCCCUCAAACACCAUUGUAUAUGCCUGUUUUCUAUCCCUGAAUUGUGGGGUCGGUGCUGAUAAAGGGACGAAGUUCUCUUAUGUAUGUGCGAAAAGCUUGGCUGGAGGUACCUGCCAGAACCCUGUGCCAACAACUAGUUUAACACACCACACGUCCAGACAACACAGGCGUUUUCAUUGUUUGACUCUGUAUAACUAAAGGACAGACUUUGCAUAAAAGUCUAAUGGUAAUCAUUGGCAACAAAAUGACAGUAUUUCACUUCAAAGAACCAUUUUUAUGAGCUAUAACACCAAAAUGUCCCAAUUCACUGAGGAAGGUUUGUUGUGACAGGUUGUUUGUCAUGUAUUUCCAUCCAAGUCAAACUACAGCUACUACAAAUGUCUCCUCUCUCAGACACCAACGCCUGUAUGUGUUAUCCAUGCAUGAACACUUUGUGUGGGGAAGAAGUUUGGUAGUUUAUGCGCAAAGGGACAUUUUGUUAUCUAUGCUUUUAUUUUUUCAUAUCAUAUCAUAUCAUAUCAUAUCAUAUCAUAUUGUAUCAUAUCAUUUCAUAUCAUAUCGUAUUUUAUCGUAUCGUAUCCUAUUGUACCGUAUUGUAUUAUAUAAUAUAUCGUAUUGUACCAUAUUGUAUAGUAUUGUACCCUAUCGUAUCUUAACGUAUCGUACCAGUCUUGCGACAGUGGACAAAGACAUAAAAAAUUACAAUAAACAAAUGAUCAGUCAUGGUCUUGUUCGCUCAUAUAGAAUCGUAUCGUAUUGUACCCUAUCAUAUCAAAUCGUAUUGUACCCUAUCAUAUCAUAUCAUAUCGUAUCGUAUCGUAUCGUAUCAUAUUGUAUCAUAUUAUACCGUAUCGUAUCGUAUCGUAUUUUACCAUAUUGUAUCGUAUUGUACCCUAUCAUAUCAAAUCGUAUUGUACCCUAUCAUAUCAUAUCAUAUCGUAUCAUAUUGUAUCGUAUUAUACCGUAUCGUAUUUUACCAUAUUGUAUCGUAUUGUACUCUAACGUAUCGUAACGUAUCGUACCAGUCUUGCGACAGUGGACAUAAGACAUAAAAAAUUACAAUAAACAAAUGAUCAGUCAUGCUCAUGUUUGCUUUGAUGGAGUCAAUAGGAGACAUAAUGCUUAAUUUUCAGUCUGUACAACUAUUUAGGUAAAACUCCUCAAAGAAGCUUCAAGCUUAUAUCAGAAUCCAUCAGUCUGCAAGGACAGUUAAAUUGGUCAGUGGUUCUGACAGAAGCCAGCGCAACUGAUUCAGAGUGUAUUUUUCUACAGACACUAAUGCAUGUGCGUGCUCUCCGUGCCUAAAUGGUGGGACAUGUGUGGAAGAAGGAAAGAAGUUCUCUUGUCUCUGUGCCAAAGGCUGGGCUGGAGCUACCUGUCAGAACCCUCUGCCAAAAUGUACGUAUGCAGACCACACAAAUGUUUAGGUAAACUGAAGAUUUGAUUGCACCUGGUCUGUUGAAGGUAAUCAGACUGUCAAGGGAUCUGAUUUGCCAGAAUAAGCAAAGGAAGUCUUGAUGAAUUCAGACCUAAGUCAAGGAAUAAGGUGAUUGAGAGGCAGUGCUCACAAAAAGAGACUUUGAACCCAUGUAGAGAGACUUUUGUAACUAUUAAAUGGCCCCAUAUUGAUUUGGGGAUAGUUGGCUACUGCAGGUCUGGUGCUCACCGGACAGCAGCCAAACACCAUUAUCAGUACAGGGUCUAAAAUUCUUCUACUGCUAGAUUCCAUGAUAUCAACUAAAGUCAAUUAUAUAUCUGGACGCGUUCAUUUUUAAGGCUGUCUUAAAAUGCUUUUGUACAUGCUUCUGACUACAAUAUAUGAACAAUAUUUAGCUCUGAAUCACAUCACAUUAAGAUGGUGAAAUUUAAAUCUUCCUAUCUUCAUUUCAAAGAGAAGAUGUUUGUCAAAGUUAUCGAUCAACAGUUCUUCUCAUGCUAUCCUUUGUUACCCCUCUGGACGCACCCUGCAGACAUUGCACUCUACAACAAUCUUAUACCAAUGCAUCUUAUUUAUUGGUGCCCUAUUAGACUCAGUGACAUAUCUUAACACAUUGGCUGAGUGAGACUAAGAUGAACAAUGACUUGAGAUACGGAGUCCAUUCAUUGAUGCCUUAAAAAAAUGAUCUCAGGACAGAAACAGAGCCUCUGCAAUGAAAAUACUGCCUCGAGAAGUAAAAAAAAAACUGCAACCUCUUCACAUUUCUCUUUCCUGUCUUCCUAAUUCAGUUUUUGUCAUCAUGACAAACACCUCUGCAGCCACCUCCCCUGCCACAAAUGCUGCUGCAGCUGCCACCUUACCUGCUGCCACCACAGGGCCCUAUGUCCGUCCAUCACGUUGUACCGUUACACAGGGGACCACCCACUGCACCUGUGAGCCAGGAUACACCAUCUCUGGCAGGGACAGCAACACCUGCACUGGUACUCACAACACCUGCUACUAAAACAGAUGUUCAUGUCUAAUGUCUCAAUGCGGGAAGUUAACUGUGUGUGCACUGAUCAUUUCAGACAUAGAUGAAUGUGAGCUGUUCCACAAUGGCCAGGCUGGGAGACUGUGUUUGCACACGUGUGUUAACACACCUGGAGGCUACCGCUGCUCCUGUCCUGCUGGAUACAAUUCAACCCGAGACGGACGCAGCUGCAAAGGUGAACAGAUUUUAGGUUUACUUUAAGAACUUUCUUUAUUCCACAAAUCUCACCCGAAAUUUAACAAAGCUAGAAUGCUCAUUAAUGCUAUGAUAAAACAAAACCAUGUGCACACAACAGAACAGCAUUAAUGACUUUUGACUUCUUGGCCCAUUUAGAUAAAAAAUACACCUACUUUAUUCUGUUUAGUUUCUAUGACAUGAAAGAUAAAUCCUGUAAAAAGACCAAACCAUAUCAACACAAGACCUGGACUAUCGAUAACUCAGUAACAGUGAACCCAUCUCUUGCAUCAUAAGCAAAUAUAUAAAGCCUUAGAAAUCCAUCUAUAGCUACAGACUGCUGAACAGGUCUAUCGAAAUUCACUACUCCAAUCAGAUUAUAACACAAUCAUUAAAUUAAAGUACGAGUAUAAUUCCAUUCUGGGAGAACAGAUUGGCAAUUUAUUAUUAAAACUUAAACGGAGACACUUUGAGCUCGGUGACAAACCACAAAAGCUACUGGCGAGACAGUUAAAAGGAGAACAAGCAAAACGAGCUAUUUAUAAAAUAAAAUCUGAGUCUGGAGAGAUGCUUACAGACUUGAAGGACAUCAAUGACCGUUUUAAAGAAUUCUACUCAGAAAUUUACACCUCCGAAUCAACCGCUACACAGGAAGACUUCGACCAGUUUUUUGACUCGCUUAACUUUCCAAAAUUAGACACAGUUUUUAGGAAGAGUCUGGACUCAGAGUUCUCUCUUUCUGAGUUACAGGACGCCAUCAGAGCGUUCCCCACUGGUAAAGCGCCGGGCCCAGAUGGGUUUGGGCCAGAGUUUUACAAAGCUUUUCUUGGGAUCCUAGCACCCCCUCUGUUGAGAAUGAUUCGUGACACGUUUAAAAACAAACAGCUUCCACCCUCUCUCAGUGAAGCAAAUAUUUGCGUUUUAUUAAAAAAAGACAAGGAUGAAACAGACCCGGGCAGCUACAGGCCUAUUGCCCUGCUAAAUUACGAUUUGAAAAUAAUUACAAAAGUUCUAGCGAACCGGCUCGGGAAGAAUGUAGCAAGUAUUAUUCACCCUGACCAAACAGGAUUUAUCCCAGGCAGGUACUCCUUCUGUAAUGUUCGCAAAAUCCUUAAUAUAAUUUAUGCAGAUUAUAGCAAAGAUGAUAGAGCAGCUUUACUGUCCUUAGACGCUCGCAAGGCAUUCGACAUGAUAGAAUGGCCCUAUCUAUUUGCAACACUUAAAAAAUUUGGAUUCGGCGACACUUUCAUAGAGUGGGUCAAGAUAUUAUACAGCAAUCCGAAAUCUUCCAUUCUAACGAAUGGGGACAGAUCAGGUUCGUUCACCCUGCAACGCGGCGUCCGUCAGGGAGACCCAUUGUCCCCCCUGCUCUUCAAUAUAGCGUUGGAGCCGUUGGCCAUUGGUAUUAGAGGACAUCCAUAUAUUAAAGGUAUUAGAUCAGGCGGUACUGAGACCUGCGUGACUCUGUACGCAGACGACCUCCUUGUCUGUUUAGCUGACCCCAUGGUUUCCAUUCCUGUCUUACUAGAAUACAUAAAUGACUUUGGGAGCAUCUCUGGCUAUACUAUAAACUGGGGGAAGAGUGAGUUCAUGCCCUUAACAGACCAACUCACGGAUGAUUUUUUGACAAAACUGCCUUUUAAAGUGACGAAGGAAUAUUUCACCUACUUAGGACUUAAACUGACGAAAAGUCCUGGGCAUCUCUUCAAAUUUAAUUUUACAGAAUCCAUAGAAAAACUUAAAACAAAUAUUGAGUCCUGGAGAAUAUUGCCCCUAUCUAUGAUCGGCCGAGUAAACGCAAUCAAAAUGGUGAGCCUACCCAGGUUUUUAUACCUCUUCCAGAACUUGCCUAUAUUCUUAAAUGCAUCGUUUUUUAAGAAGCUUGACUCUAUCGUAUUGCCCUUUGUGUGGGGUUAUAAAUCACACAGGAUAUCUAAGGCUCACCUUCAAAAACCUUCCAGGAAUGGUGGUCUGGGACUGCCUGUUUUUAAACAUUACUACUGGGCAGCCAACUCCAGGGCCCUUUCUUACUGGAAGGGUGGAAGUGUUAAACCAGAGGAGAACCCUUUGUGGUUACAGUUGGAAGCCUCCGCGGUUGACAUGUCAUCACUUCCUGCACUUUUGUUUUCUGACCCCGCCCCAGUAGUGAAACUACUUAAACAUAACUUCACCGUGAAAAAUUCUUUACGCAUUUUGAAGCAAAUAAAAGCAGCGUGCCGGGUUCCCAGUGUCUCCGUACACGCACCCAUAUGUCAAAAUCAUUCUUUCCUGCCUGCCCGGUUGGACGGAGUGUUUGCGCUCUGGAGGGAGAAGGGUGUUAAAACAUUUUCAGAUCUGUACAUCAACGGUCAACUGGCAUCAUUUGCUCAGCUAAGCAAAAAAUUUAAUCUUCCGAAUUCUCACUUUUUUCGUUACCUCCAAGUCAGACACUAUGUUAAGGAGAAUUGGCCACAUCUCAAUUCCACCCCCACCACCCAUCCCUUCCUUGAGACCCUCCAGCUCCCUCCAGAAUCCAAACGGUUAAUAUCGAAAUUUGUGGAUUCAUUUACUAAGUCAGUUUCCUCUGAUUUUAUCAGGGAAGCGUGGUCCAGGGACUUGAACUCUGAAAUAUCAGCAGAACUUUGGGAGCAUGCAAUGUCCCAAGUCCAUUGUUGUUCUAUUAACUCACGUUACAGGUUAAUUCAGUACAAGGUGUUGCACAGAUUGCACUACUCCAAAACAAAACUAAAUCGUAUUUUCCCAUCCGUGUCCCCUGCAUGUGAUAAGUGUCAUAUUGCUGAGGGCUCACUAGCGCAUCUUCUCUGGUCAUGUCCUGAGUUGCACAACUAUUGGUCAGCUAUAUUUGAACAUCUGUCCAAAGCUUACUCCAGAGCCAUUCAGCCUAACCAUGUCCUGGCCAUCCUUGGAUGCUCGACUGAGACUUCUGAUUUUCCGCAUGACACUCAAGUUGCCCUGAACCUAGGGAUGGUGGUGGCCAAGAAGAUUAUUCUCUUAACUUGGAAGUCUAGCACUCCUCCCACCUUUGCUCACUGGCUCAACGAGAUGUUGUCGACUAUUCAAAUGGAAAGACUGCGCUUGCACAAACCCAACAACCCGAACAGAUUUGAGAGAACUUGGGGACCCUUCUUGGCUCAGUGUCAGGUGUGAUACCUGACUUAAUCUUUCAUAUGAUGGUACUUGGUUCAACUGAUGCAACUGUUUCUUUUUUCUGAAAAUUCAUGUAAAACUACAAUUGUCUGGCAGCCCUUUUGAUUGUUUUUGAUUGUUUCUUUACCGUUGUUUGUCUCGUACAGUUUUGUAAAGUUUAAAACUGAAAAUAAAGUAUUAAAAAAAAAAAAAAAGAAAUCCAUCUAUGACAGCCCUUAUAGGUAUUUAUUAGCAUGCAUAAAAGCUAAUAACGAUGUCUAUGCAGUGAGCAUAAUGAGUUAUCAAGGUAUGGUGUAUUCUGAUUAUACCUUAAAACCAAAGAUAAUUGGAUUCUGGGUUUAAAACCUGGUUAUAAAUGUUGAUAAAGAAUUCAUAAAAAAAAAGUUUUGGUAACACUUUAUUUGACACCUAUUUCUAUAAGCCAUUAUAAAUAUAUGUAUAAUGCGUUAUAAUCACAUUAUAGCACUGUAUACCUUUUGUUAUAAACACUCAUAAAUGAUCAUAAUGCUUUAUAGCAGUAUCAUAACACAUUAUAAAGCAUUUUAUCAUGACUUACAAGGUCAGGUAUUAUAAUGUGUUACUAUCAUUAUAAACACUAAUUAAUUACCAUAAGGCUUUAUAACAAUAAGCAUAAAACAUUAUAAUACCUGACCUUGUAAGUCAUGAUAAAAUGGUUUAUAAUGUGUUAUAAUUAUUGCCAUAAAGCAUUAUGAUCAUUUAUGAGUGUUUAUAACUACAGUUAUACAGUGCUAUAAUGUGAGUAUAGCGCAUUAUACAUAUAUUUAGAAUGCGUUAUAGAGAUAGGCGUCAAUAAAGUGUUUCCACAUUUUUAAAAUUUAAAAUUUUUAAUUUUAUUAUAAUCAUUAUAAAUGACAACUUCAUUACAAUUACUCCUUUCUACACUUAUCAAGCAUUGUUAUAAGCUGUUGGGAAUGCACAUUUUCAAUCAUAAGGGUUGUUAUAAAACAUUGUAGGUGCAUUUAUAGACCUUUGUACAUGUGCUUAUGAUGCUAUAUAAGGGUGGUUCAUGUAAAGUGUUACCAAUAACUCCUUUUGGGUGAUCAUGAACUUUCAAAACUUUCUCUGGAUAUCACUUCAGAUUUUAAAAAGGUCAAAAAAAUAGAAUUGGAUUUUAUUCUGUUGUAAUACUCGAGCAAUCGUCUUACUGUGUUCAUUCAUGCUUUCUUCUCUCUUCUUAGACAUUGAUGAGUGUGCCACCAGACAAAACAACUGCACAAAGGACCAGAUGUGCAUUAAUACAUAUGGAGGUUUCCAGUGUGUUCGUGUGGAUUGCCCCAAAAUCCCUCAUGCUACAUAUGUCAAAACAUCACCAAUGUAAGCACCACCCUAAAACAUUUCUGUUUUUUAAAAUCCUCUUGCAAAUCUUUUUUUUUUUUUAUGUUGGAUGCACAAAAAGGAGUCAGCAAGGGGAUUUUAGCUGAAUGACAACAUGUAUUAACCCAGCCUUCCUGUUCACUUUCACCCAAGGCGAUGUGAGCGUAACCCCUGCCCCAUGGACAACAAGGCGUGCUCUCAGACCCCCAACUCCUUCUCCUACCACUACCUGGCUGUGGUAUCUAAUCUGUCAGCUCCCCGCGUCAUGUUUAGAGUGUCAGCACUGCGUCCCAUGGGUGACACACUUCGCUUCUCCCUGCUGGGGGGAAAGCUAGCUCGGCGCCACUUCACAGUCCAGCGCUCAGACCGGCAGACGGGUCAGCUGAUGCUGGUGGGCCCCGUGCAGGGCCCCGCCACGCUGGAGGCAGAAGUGGAGAUGAGUGAGCUGGAGAGAGGAGUACAGUUGGGGAGGUAUAUCACCAAAGUCACCAUGUUUGUUUCCCAGUAUGACUUUUAAGAGGAGAGGCAAAAUGUUGAGGCACAGAAUUAUGAUAAUUCAGCUUAUCAUGAUGACCAAAAAUCAAACAAAGAAUAUAAACUCUGCAAAAGUAAGACAGUAUACAUAAACACACACAUACAGUAUAAAUCUCCAGGUGUUUAAUAAUAUUAUACAUGUUUCACACUGUAUUAUCCAAUAAAUGUAAUGGACAGAUGUACUAACAUUUCUUUAAAAAAGAAGUAGAUAUCAAAAUUUUUUGAUGUACGUUGGUGUUGUUUUACCUCAGUAGCAGGACCUUGUGUUGAUGAAUUCAUAUAGGUGUUCUUUAUAAAGUCUGUGUAAGGUUUAUACUGAAGAGGAAAGACAUGUGGGAGCAGUACAGCAGGGACCAGUAACACAGUUUAUCAAAAAAUGUUUUUUUUGCAAGAAAAUAUCCUUUUUUGUGGUCAUGGAGUUACAUUCACUGAUUAUCAGUUGGAUCAGUUUUAUAUCUGUUAUGUUUCAUGAAGUUUUAAUGCAGCUGUACUAUUGUUGCCUCUCAUUCAAAUAAUAAAUAAGGGAAAAAAGAAACCCAUAAAA